UGUAUGAAAUGCUGCAGCUCUGAGAGCGGAAACUCUCGUGUAUUUCCAGGCGCUGGUCCGGAAUCAGCGCCGAACCGAACCGAACCGACUCGAACCGAGUCCCGGUUUGUGGAAAUGCAGGUCGGUGACAUGGAUGCGGAAGCGCGCGCGCCUGGGCCCGGAUCCGUUACAGAAACCGGACACAAGCGCAAAUCCCGCAGGAGGAGGAGGGGGAAGAGACGGAGGGGCAAAAAAGCCAACGAGCCGCCGCCGCCGUUUCUGCCCCCGGAGGCCGAGGAGGGAAACAUUGAGUACAAGCUGAAGCUGGUGAACCCAACGCAGUACCGUUUCGAGCACUUGGCCACACAGCUCAAGUGGCGGCUGCAAGAGGGCCGAGGGGAAGCCGUCUACCAGAUUGGCGUCGAGGACAACGGGCUGCUGGUGGGACUCACCGAUAACGACAUGAAGGCCUCCAUAAACACCCUGCGCAGGAUGGCUGAGAAGGUCGGCGCUGAUAUCACACUCUUGAGAGAGCGGGAAGUGGAUUAUGAGUUGGAUAAACCCCGGAAAAUCGCAGAGGUCCUUGUGAGGAAAGUUCCAGAUAACCAGCAGUUUCUGGACCUGCGUGUGGCUGUGCUCGGGAACGUUGACUCGGGGAAGUCCACUCUCCUGGGCGUCCUGACGCAGGGUGAGCUGGAUAACGGACGAGGCCGAGCUCGUCUCAACCUGUUCCGGCACUUGCACGAAAUCCAGACGGGCCGCACGUCCAGCAUCAGCUUCGAGAUCCUCGGUUUUAACAGCAAAGGGGAGGUAGUGAAUUACAGUGAGUCACGUACGGCAGAGGAGAUCUGCGAGAGCUCGUCUAAGAUGAUCACCUUCAUCGAUCUGGCCGGCCACCACAAGUACCUAAAGACCACCAUCUUCGGCCUGACCAGCUACUGCCCCGAUUUCGCCAUGCUGGUGGUGGGUGCAAACACGGGCAUCGCGGGCACCACGCGGGAGCACCUGGGUCUGGCUCUGGCGCUGAAGGUGCCUGUGUUCGUGGUCGUCAGUAAAGUGGACGUGUGUGUGGGCGGCGCUGUGCAGAAGACCGUGCGGCAGUUAGAGAAGCUGCUCAAGCUGCCUGGCUGCAACAAGGUUCCCAUGCUGAUCUCCAGCCACGAUGAUGCCGUCACCGCCGCCCAGCGCUUCGCCCAGUCCUCCAGCAUCACGCCGAUCUUCACGCUCUCGAGUGUUUCCGGGGAGAAUCUGGAUCUGCUCAAGGUUUUCUUCAACAUCCUGCCCCCCCUCAGCAAUAGCAAGGAGCAGGAGGAGCUCAUGCAGCAGCUCACCGAGUUCCAGGUUGAUGAGAUCUACAGUGUGCCUGAUGUAGGAACAGUUGUCGGAGGAACACUCUACAGCGGUGUGUGUCGCGAGGGAGACCGCUUGGUAGUGGGGCCGACAGAUGAGGGGAAGUUCUUGCGGUUGAAGGUGUGCAGCAUGCAGAGGAACCGCUCGGCUUGCAGGGUUCUCCGAGCCGGACAGGCAGCCACGCUGGCACUCGGCAACUUCGACCGCUCGCUGCUACGCAAGGGCAUGGUGAUGGUGAGUCCGAAGAUGAAUCCCAACAUUUGCUGGCAGUUUGAGGCGGCUAUCGUGCUCCUGUUCCACGCCAAGACGUUCCGCAGUGGCUUCCAGGUCACAGUCCACGUUGGAAACGUUCGGCAGACGGCCACGGUGGAGUGUUUACUCGGCAAGGAGGAGCUGCGCACCGGCGAGAGAGCUGUAGUGUGCUUCCGCUUCCUGAAGCACCCUGAGUAUCUGCGCAUCGGAGCAAAGCUGCUGUUCCGAGAAGGCGUCACCAAGGGCAUCGGUCAUGUGACCCACCUGGUGCCGUCUGGUCAGAACAGCACACAUGACCAGAACCACAAACCACACCAGAACCACAACUAGAGAGAGAGAGAGAGCACAGUGUCUACUGUGAUGUCAGCCAAUAGGAGACAGUUUGGGGUGGGGUUUCCUGUUCAGGUGAAAUAAAAAGUCUUUAGCUACAAACAUGCUUUCAGCAAACCAACAAAGUUUUUUUAAUACUCAAACGUCCCAGUGACCUCACACCCCGGCCUACUCACUUCUGAUUGGCUGACAGUUGCCUGUGAGACACCUGUAAUGCAGACGUGGUGAAAUACGAUGAGAUAUUAAUCGCAAUGUAUGCCCUUGAGUCUACGUAACAGCGUUGAUGUGUAACCAUGACGACGAGCUUAAAUGAUGGCUUGAGCUCAAGGCGUAUAUUUACUCUUCGCUCGUGCCCUUGCCGGUGCGCAGCUGAACAAAAAUAUCGAAUGACAUCCAUUUACACAGCAAGGAAUGAUUUAUACGCGACAGAGAUGUCGCCAUAGCAACAGUCGUAUAACUGUUCUUUAGGAAUGGACUUGAAAGAUAGCGAAAUAAAAUGAGUCGAUUUCAUAUUGUUCUUUUAUAAGGAGGCAAAACAUACAUGACCCUAUGAGUGAGAAGGCUAAAGCGUGUGGUUUGGGACAUGUCCGUGUGACGGGAGUUAUCUGUCCACGAGGGUGUGUGGUUUGGGACGUAUCCUUUAUAGUGAAUUAGGGCAAAUGGAUUGGGACACAACCACAGUGGAAUGAUCAUAGUGGGAUCAUGGUGAGUUCUUACUUACUUACUUACUUGGCCUGUAUUAUAGUGUGAAUUAACGCUACGUUCACACUGCAAGGCUUAAUGCUCAAUUCCGAUUUUUUUGUGAAAUCCGAUUUUUUUGUGAGGUCGUUCACAUUAACAAAUAUAUGCGACUUGUAUGUGAUCCUCAGUAUGAACGAAAAGCGACCUAAAAGUGUUCCGCAUGCGCAUUGCAGGAUACGACGACGUCACACGCAGUGAGCAUGGCCAGUGUUUACGGAAGUAAAACCGCCCGGUUGCGGUAUGACUCAUCCAAUCUAGCUUGAAUAGCUGCAUCCCCCCAAAUGGAAAUCGGCUCCCUAACCUCUGCGUCCUUCCAUUGAGAAGAUUCAGAACCUUCACAGCCCGAAGCGUCCCUCGCAUUGAUGUCAUGCGCAGGGGCGCAGAUACGUUUUUUGAACUGGGGGGGACAAAGCUGCCAGCAAACCAACCCCAACCCCGAUAUGCCUGUCAAACUUGUUGUGGGUUACCAUAGCAACCAAGCUCGAGCUCGCAACCUGUGCAGUCUGCGCAGCUCAACCAACCGAAUAUCAGUCUUUGUUUUGUUUUAUGCGAGUUGUUGCAACUAUGUCUGUACUGCUGUGCACCUCAAUAAACCGAAUGGUAAUUAGUCUUUUGAUUUUUCUGUGAGGUUUGCCUUAUGCAAAGAAAGACAGCAUAGACGUUUUUUCCUCCCUAUAAGUGGGGGGGGGACCGAGCGAGGUGAAUUUAAAUCUGGGUGGGACGAGUCCCACCCUCUAUCUGCGCCCGUGAUUAUGCGCCAUGUUGUUGUAACUUUUUUUGAGAGACCCGCCGCCUACUUCAGCGCAGAAUAGUGACGUUUGUGGCUUGUUGAUGACGUGUAAGUCGGAUGAAUGCGACCUGGCGGUUCAGACUGAAGUCGCAUAUGAAAAGAUCGGAUAGGAAUCGGAAUUAGGACCACGUAUCCAAACGGCCUGGGUCGGAUUUGAAAAAAUCGGAUCUGUGUCGUUCAUAUUGUCAAUAAAAGAUUGGAUACAGGUCACAUAUGGGCGAAAAGAUCGGAUUUGAGUCACUUCAGCCUGCAGUGUGAACGUAGCCUAUGAUGUGUGGUUUGGGACACGACCGCAGUAGGAUGACCAGAUGUUUGUGACAGUAUGUAUCUGACCUGUAUUUUGAAUAGUGUGGAUUGGGACAUGACCACAGUGGCCUGAUUCUCUGUUUAUGUGCCCUAUAUAGUGAAGUAGCGGUUUGGGACACGUCCACGCUGGAACGAUGAGAUGUUUGAGAGUAUGAUCUGACCCCCAGUAUAUAGUGAGACACGGCGUGUGGUUUGGGACACGUCCACUGUGGACCGGUGAUAAUGUGGACAGGGAGCAAACACACCUUGUACAGUCAGUAGAUACGACCGAGAAAUCAUAAUCACAGAGAUUUACUUGUGCACAGCGUUUGGUUGAUAUGUUGCAUGCUGUGAGGAAUUCUGGGAUGCGCUCGUGCUAACGACCUGCAAGACACCUCACAUUCACAAGAAAUCAGUGUCUGUGAACUGCAUUGGACUGAAACGCAACUAGUUUGUAAGUAAUAAAGAGAUGUUUUAUUGUGGACUGCAGAAUCCCGAGUGAAUGUUGUGGAGAAAUUGGGAAUUACGCAGCCAGCUCCAGAAUUAUUGGCACCCUCAAUGUAAAAAAAAAAAAGUCAGGCUGGAGUCUUAACCUCACACUGAGAGGUUUAAUCUUUAUUAAAUUUACUA